AUGCCCAGACUCGACCUCUUUUAUCCGCUGCCAGUUCCCAUUCUUCACUCGCACUCUUUCACCAUCGACCACUGCCACCGUCAGAAUUAUGCCCAACCGAGGGAGUACAGUGCCCCAGAGCCAUACCUAAAAUACUGGACAUUCAGACUCCGUCAGGAAGGGCUUUCUGUAUCUCCAUUUCGCCGGUCGAUCGAGACUCAGACUGGCAAGAUUGUCUUUAUUAUGUCUUCCCGUCAUUUCGAUACUCAAUUCUGCAUUAUUAAUUCUGACGCAAUUAGAGUUUCACACCCCGUUGCAUCAUAUGAUGAGCACAAGUCUUGUACCCUCGAAACACUCUGGCCAUGGAGGAACAACUUGACAAGACUCUAUCCUCGUGUUUCUUCUAACUCUCUCUAUUAUCCUCGGCUUUGUUAG